AUGCCCUUACAGAUGCCGAGCUGCAAGCUGAGUUCCUAUGUAUCACCAGAUGUUGAUUCUAAAGGAUUUACAAGCCCUCUCGCCUUGGAAAUUCUAUCACAGUGGGCGCUUAGCCAGGACCUGCUAAUUGCUGAAGUUGGUACUCAGCAGGUCAAUCCGUCACAAUGGCAUAAGCAUCCCACGAGGCACGAAGAAACAAGCCGCCAUCUCUUGACUGCCUACCAUCACCAGCAAAUGGACACCGAAAUACAACCAUCCCUCAUAACCACCACCGACGCCCCCUUCAACGAUCCCGCCGAUAAUGUUGAUCUCGUGAUCCGGACAGCCGAUAAUGUCGACUUCUUCGUCCUCAGCAUACUUCUAUCACUGCGAUCCCCAUCAUCGUUCUUUCGUCAGGUUUUUCAGGGAGGAAAUAAGCACACAGAGGAGAGAGACGGUCUUCCCGUCCUCGAAGUAACGGAGGAUAGUGACACAUUCCGAACCAUCCUCCUGUUCUGCUAUCCAUGCGCCGCCCCCGAGUUUAAGAGCGUCCAGAAAUUCCUGGCGGUGGGAGUGGCUCUGGAAAAGUACUGUAUGGAACGUGCUAUGGAGAGGUUCAUCCAAGCUGUGCUCGCGUCAUCCGUGAUUAGCGAGCAACCCUUGCGGGUAUUCGCUCUAGCAGUCGCCAACGGAUGGAAGGCGAUAGGAGAAGCCGCUGCCCGAAACACUCUUGCCAUGCCUCUCAAUUAUCAUACGCGGUGCGGAAAGGCCGCUCAGAUCCAACCGGAGAAAGGACUGCAGCACCAAUGGAUUACUAGAGAGAUAUCUAGUCUUCUGUUCCUGCAGCGUAGCUAUAGCUGUCCAUGGUGCAACAAUCGUCGACUCAACGAGGUGAUGCGCAAUAACGGCCGCGCUAUCUAUGCCCAUUCAUGGUUGACCGGGACCUACUUGCGCCUGGUGGAUGCAAAGGUGCUGUUAGAGCCGCAGGUCGCUCUAGAUGAUCAUAUUAUUGAUCAAGCCGUUUUCGCUAGCACUAAAGAGUGCAACAGCAGCAUGCAUGAUAAAUGGACCAGCAUUGCUGGCAGUCAGAUUCGCCUUCUCGGAAAGAUAGUGGCGGAGGAAAUCGGCAGACGAAUUUCAGAGGUUCCCUUGAAUAUUGAAUGGUAAAAAUGACACGAUGUAUCGUCCAAAUAAGAAGUAUCGAAGUCCGGUAUACACUUUGGAAGUGUGGGGAGAAAGAGUAUGGGUAUUCCGUCGAGUUGGAAGAGAUCUGGAAAGGAUCCUUCCGUAAAAGAUGUUCUUUAGCGAUUUCCAGCCCCUCUGAUAAGUCGAUUUCUUCGUCACCACUGAGAUCUCCAGUAACCCAUCGUAUGAAGGCCGUCAGGUAGGUAAGCCAAUAUGCGGGCUGCUCGCCGAGAAACCGGACAGACUAAUUUCGCAGGUGAAUGAGGCAGAGUCUGUGCAAAGUAUCAUCCGAACGAUUAUAGGCACCCCUGAUAUUGAGUAGCAGUGACCGGCAACAUUAGCGCCUAAGCCACGAGGCACUGAAAAAGGUCUCUUCUCGUCUCUUUGCAGGCACCUGCCAUCACCAUGAAUAACACCGAACAGCUU